UGCUGUGUAUCACGUGAUAGCUGUCUCCGUUCCUUCACUGCAGAAUGGCACGCGCUAAAACUGAGAAGUUCCAGCUGCACGUUCCUGAUCUCGAGGAGUUGUGUCAGGUGCUGGAAAAGGGGCUGAGGAAGAACUUUGAAGAUGUGAAAGUGUGUGUGAGUGAUUGUCCAGAUCUCACACAGGAGCCCUUCAAGUUUCCUGUCAAAGGACUGUGUGGUAACCCUCGGAUCACCGAUGUUGGUGGUGUACCCUACUUGGUCCCACUGGUCAAAGUGGACAAAGUGUAUAACAUGAACACUAUAGCCAAGGACUUGGAGCUGCCUGGGGCGUUUAUUCUUGGUGCUGGUGCCGUGUCAUCGAAGACUGUUGGAAUGAAUGGAGAGUUGAUGCCUCUAGUUUUGACGGAGCAUGAAGGCAAACCUGCUGUCAAUGCCAGCUACUUCUCCUCUGUCAACCCAGCAGAUGGGAAAUGCCUGCAGGAGAAAUACAGCGACAAGUUUUGUGACUGUGACUUUGGGCUCCUAGCGAACCUGUACGCAUGCGAGGGUCAGUCUGGCAAGGUCAUGGAGGUCAGAGCCAGCAGGAGGACAGGAGAGGACAGUCUCGUGAGCUGUAUGAGGAAGACUAUAGGGGAGCACUAUGGCGAUAAAAGUGUUGCACUUGGAGGAACUUUUAUCCUCCAGAAAGGGAAGGCCAAGAUCCAUAUCAUGCCACGAGAGUUUUCCUCAUGCCCCCUGAAUACUAAUGACGAUGUGAACAACUGGCUAAAGCACUUUGAAGUCAGUGCUCCUCUCAUCUGCCAGAGUGUCAUGGUGUCCAAAGAUCCUGGGUUGGAUCUAAGAGUGGAGCAUACUCAUGGCUUUAGUCAUCAUGGUGAAGGAGGUCAUUACUACAUAGACACCACACCAAGUGCAGUGGAAUACCUGGGUUACUUUCUACCAGCAGAGUUUGUUUAUCGCAUUGACCGCCCCGUGGACACCCACAGUGUUGGCAGAGACUAACCUUAUUGUACACGAAUGUUUUUAUAUGACAACUGACACUCAAAAUUUACACAAAAGAAUAAACUUUUGUUGUUCAGUGAUAAACUCAAAAUUCACUUAUGUAUUGUUUAAAGUGCGCUGGUUGAUGAUAAAUUCAUUAAACACGCACAGAUCUGUAGCAAAUUAAAUUUUGAGAGAGAGAGAGAGAGAACAUUUGAUAGCAUGACUAACAGCUUUAUUUCUUCUCCAAGUUGAUGUUUUCCACAUUCCCUGGUUCUUUGGUAAAAAUUUCACUAAUUUUCAAUAAUCUUUCAUGUGCUUUUACAUUUAUAUUCAGAAGUAUCUUAAUAAUGUACACUUUGCUAGUUGAGUAAAGAAUUUAAAGUUUUCCUCCGAACCAUGUGACGCAGCCGACCGAAUCUUUUCGAACUGCUUGCUCAUGCACAGUUGGAGGUGGCGUAACACACUUGGAGGACAGCGCUAUUCCCUCCUUCCGCUUAUGUGCGCUCACAGAUGCCACCUCAGAAGCCUUCUUAGACCUGAUUGGCUGUAGAGCCGUGAUUAAUGUGGGGGCACUAAGAACCUCUCAUCCCUCCCCUCUGAAAAAGCUCGGCCAAUCAGCUCUCCGUAGACCUCCAGCGGCGAGAGAUUACAGCAUUCCCCGGAUAUCGAUUUUGCAAUCUCCAAGUGGUAGGGUGAGCGCUUUACCACUGCGCCACUCAGAGGCCACAAAUUGUGACUUUUAACUGUGCAGAAUGACGACAAGGUUAUUAGAGCAUUUCACUAGUGCUCAAAUACCAUCCAGGUAUAAAGUUUCUCAUUGCGCCGGAGCCAUGAGAGGACAGAGUGCUUUAAACCCUGGCCUCCCAGGAGCUCCUUUAAUAGCCCAAACAUGUGGAAAUGGCUUUAUAUGAGUUCAGGCAGGGAUGUAGCAAUAACUCCCAACCAAGUUCCUGUAAUGUGCAAGUGUUUAUGAAUGUUUGUGUGUACAGUUCCCAUAGACAGAUGUCUCUUCCACAAGAUGGCAACAAGUUAUCUGUCGAUUUUCGAAGAGCAGGUGUUGCACUUGCUGAACGGCACAAAGUCACCUUAGCCGGAUCGUCAAUUAAUGACUUACAGCCUUUUAAAUG